AUGUUUUCAAAACAUAUUUCAUUACACUUCCCUCCAUACAAUGCUGAAAAUCCAGCAUUGUGGUUUCGACAAAUCGAAAGUUCUUUCUAUUGCUCUGAUAUUAAGGACGAGAUCAUGAAGUACCACAUCCUUGUCAGUAGACUGGAGCCAUGUGUGGUUGAGCUAAUGCAAGAAUUUCUAUUAACUACUAGUGGUGACAUAGGAUUAACCAACCAAUAUAACCAGAUGAAAUCUAAGAUUAUCGGUCUCCAAAAAACUAAAAAUGAAUUAGAUAAGCAACAAAUUGGAGAUCGUACGCCUUCAGAGUUCUUGAGACACCUCCAGCACAUUGCUAGCAAAAACCCGCUAUUUCCCAUGCAUUUGAUCAAGGCCAUUUGGGUAGCAAGUGUGGGCCCAUAUGUCAAAAACGUUUUGCUCUCCGAUCCAAACGCGGCAUUUGAGAAAUUGGGAUUCAUAGCUGAUGGGAUUGAUUGCGGCAUAGCUGAUGUAUUGAUCAGCUCAGAAGGCUCAACAGGAAGCGAAGAAAUCUCCCAAGAAACAAAGAAACUUCAAGAUGAAAUACACUGCAGUUGUUGUAGAGGAAAUAAAGAGGUGACCUUGAAAAUCGAGUGUGUCAAGUUGUGUGAGGUAAUAGAUAUGGAUUUGAAAAAAAACCCGAGACUCGUGACAAUUUUUCACAAAACCACGUUAAUUUAA